CUUUUGGCGCUCGCCCGCCUUUUUCUUCCCUUCACAAUCCCGCUCUCCACCUUACUUUGCCCUUUCUUCUUCGACCCUUUCUCUGCCUUUGCUGGGUUAAAUGGCCCAUCUUUUCGCCUGCAUUUUUUUCAUCUUUGUUGUUCUCUUCUUUGACUGCUUGCAUUCGCCUUCUACGUUACACGUGUAUCGUUGCCGCCACAUCCAACCUCAUUCGUACUUUUUCUUUCUCUAUGUCCUUCUUCACACCAUCCUUUGGAAUGUCCCUUUCUCUCCCCUCGGUAACGUCGGCUGUUCACUGUACUCCACCUAGACCUACAGAUUCUGGGUGCUCAGUCACGUGGAGCACCCAAGAUCCGUCCCUCUGGACUGCGUCCCGCUUAUUACGACGGCGCCGUCCCCGUCGUAAGUCAGACCCGACGACCGGCCCAUCCGGUCCGCUAUCGCAUGGCGAGAGUCAACGCGAUGUGACGUCAGCGUCCAUUUUCCUCACUACCCGCGCGCGCUUCCCCUUUUUCCUUCACUUAUAAAAUCAUCCAAUCCCUCCCUCUCAUCUCACCCUGCCCUCCUCACCCCUUUUCACAUCUCGCACCUCUUUCCCUCUUUUCUGUGUACCAUAACCGUUAUCGUCGCCUGCCGUUUCCAUGUGAUGUCAUGAUAUCGUGACUGCCUUUCUGGGAGUUCUCACGCUCGCAACGUGCUCUCCCUGACCACCCUCCGCCCACGCACCUUUCAACUUCCAUCCGAAGUACUCAAUACAUGUUACCAGUAGUCAGCUUCCCCUACUUCUGAGUCUUACUUUGCUGUCCUCAUGUCUCUUUUCUCACACAUUCUGUGCCUCUCUCG